UGAGACAAGCCCGGUUGCCAUGGAGAUUGGACGGUUGUCAAGGCAGCGAUUGGCCGGGCAGCCACCGGGUGGGUACUUGCUCGGAGCCGGGAGCUGGCGCAGCUGUCAGACCGCACUGCAGAGGCCAGUGCCAGCAUGGACGGGGUGGACGUGUGGGCCAACGCCUUGGCCCAGCUGAUGGCCAAGAGGAAACCCCAGGACACCUGGGAGCUGGUCCCUGAGGAGAACCUGGCCUCUGGCCACCUGGACAGCAGAGGGUUCCAGUACCGGCUGAGGGGGCUUGCGAGGCUGCAGUGUGGCCGCUGCCAGUGGGGCUGGUCCUCGGCCCACGUGCACGUUCUCUUCCACCUGUGGUGGGACGCAGACCGCCGGCUGGGGCUGGUGAAGAUGCGCCUCUGGGGCCAGCGGUGCCGGCUGUGCCCGCCCGGCCGCCGCGGCGUCUGCCAGGUGAGCCUCCUGAACGUGCGGCUCUUCCUGGGGAAGCUGGUGCAGUUCAUCGUGCAGAAGUGCUACGGGGAGGACCUCAGCCCAGACCAGUGCCCCGAGAUCUGCUUCGGCGAGCGCUGCGAGGCCUGCGACCUGGGCGUCUGCUUCUUCCAGAAGCCUCUGGACCCCGCCUGGGGGCCUGAGGUCCCCAGCACCCCGAGAGGUGGCAGCAGCGGUGGCGGUGGUGGCGGCGGGAGUGGCGCGGCCGCCUCCAGCAGACAGGCGCUGACCCUGGUGGUGGACCGCUCAGGGGGCUGCGCCCCCAGCUCCUACCUCAUCCCCCUGUCCAUGGCCGACUUCGUCAAGGACCUCCUCCUCGAGAGCAGGAACCUCUUUAGCGAGGAUGAGGACAUUGUCACCAUCCCCUUCUCCCUCGCGCGCAAGAAGAAGGGCUCGCUGCCCAAGGCCGACCCUGGCAGCGUCGCCCGGGGCACCAUCUACCUGCCCGGAAGCUCCAAGGGCAGAAGCCUUGCGGUGGACCUCAGGGCGCCCGCCUUCCCCACCAAAGGCCUGCAGCUCAGCAGCAUCAAGGCCAUCACAGGCUUCAUCUGCAAGGGCCGGGGCUGCGUCUGCGACCCUGAGCAGGUUCCCAGCCAGGGCCUGGUCACGGACGGGAACAGUCCGCGGCCCAUGACCUACCUCAUUGGUCUCACGCACGCCGGGGAGGGCUGCAUCACCUUCCCCACGGCGCUGGCCGAUGCGGUCCUGGAGAGCGCGGACCCCCCCGGCAGCAUGGAUGGCUGGCUCACCUUUCCCUUCUUCUUUGCCGACAGGAGCAGGGCCCCCACUCCCGGUGCCGCCCGAGGCAACAGGCUGGAGGGCGGCGGUGGUCCUGCCCCCGCGGGCCCUGGCCUCCUUCCAGGGACCACGGCCGGCCGCCUCGUCCCCAUCAGCAACGGCUCCAUCACCAUCCCCUUCUCCAUCCUCGGCCUCAUUCAGUGCAAGGGCUCCUGCGACAAGGCCAGCGGUCCCCAAAGCAGUGACCCGAAGCCGGGGCAGCCGUGGUCCUGGGCCGGCAGGUCUGGGUUCCCCAGCGAGGAGGACUUUGGGGAGGAGGGCUGCGGCGUGCCCCUCUUCGACCCCUAUGAAGAGGUCUGGAUCUUGGCCUCCGUGGCUGUCUUUAUCCUCUGGAUAAUGUACUUGUACAAGUUCGGCCCCGACCACGCCCCACGGAUGUGA